GUUUUGCUUUUGCUUUUCUGGUAUUAUUCUAAGGAAACUAUGAAGAAGGAGUCUCGCUCAGUUGCAGUCUUUGCAAAAGGAGUUGCGGCAUGUUCUCAUCAAGCUAAAACAUACGGUCAAUGCAUUACUGCUCGUUACACCGAUGUUCAUCGUGAUGUUUGUGCCAAAGAGUUUCAAGCUUUCAAAAACUGUGUACAGCAGUCUCUGAAAAAGGCGUGGUAACGGCUGUUGAACGUUUUGGGAACAUUUCCUCUACAAGAAAAUAGCGUUGCCAUGUCACGCGAUCCGUAACUGGUA